ACCAAGUUAAGAAACCAACAAAAGAUGGCACUUUCCUCUAUCUCCACUUUUUUCCACCUAGGCCUUCUGCUUCUAUUUGCCAAUGCUAUGCCCUCGUUAGCUAGUGCAAAAACUCACUAUCACGACUUCGUUGUUCAAGCAACACCAGUGAAGAGGCUGUGCAAUACCCAUAGCACCAUCACGGUGAACGGGCAAUACCCAGGGCCCACAUUGGAAGUAAACAACGGAGACACCCUCGUGGUCAACGUUGUCAACCGAGCUCAAUACAACGUCACCAUUCACUGGCAUGGAGUUCGGCAAAUGAGGACCGCAUGGGCAGAUGGACCAGAAUUUGUGACACAGUGCCCAAUUAGACCCGGAGGGAGCUAUACGUACCGGUUUACCAUUGAAGGCCAGGAAGGGACACUCUGGUGGCACGCUCACAGCUCAUGGCUCAGAGCUACUGUCUAUGGAGCUCUGAUUAUUCACCCAAAAGAAGGUUCUUCCUACCCGUUCCAAAAGCCUAAGCGAGAAACACCCAUUCUGUUAGGUGAAUGGUGGAAUGCUAAUCCCAUUGAUGUGGUUAGGGAGGCUACAAGAACAGGGGCAGCUCCAAAUGUGUCUGACGCAUAUACCAUCAACGGUCAACCUGGUGAUUUUUACAACUGCUCCAGUGCAGACACCGUGAUAGUCCCGAUGGAUGCUGGUGAAACCAACCUCCUUCGAGUCAUCAACUCCGGGAUGAACCAACAGCUCUUCUUCACUGUAGCCAACCACAAGCUCACUGUUGUUGGAGCCGAUGCUUCCUAUCUAAAACCCUUCACCACCAACGUCAUCAUGUUGGGACCCGGUCAAACCACGGACGUCCUAAUCACUUCCGACCAGCCGCCAGCUCGAUACUACAUCGCGGCACGUGCCUAUGCUAGCGCCCAAGGUGCACCUUUCGACAACACAACCACCACAGCCAUCCUUGAAUACAAGACUGCACCUUGUCCCGCCAAGGGCGGCGCUUCAUCGAAACCUGUUAACGCUUCUCUACCGAAAUUCAAUGACACUGCAACAGCCACCGCCUUCACCACCAGUCUUCGAAGUCCCCAGAAAGCUGAAGUCCCCACUGAUAUCGAUGAAAGCCUCUUCUUCACAGUUGGUCUAGGAAUCAACCAGUGCCCACCGGGUGCCAACAAGGCAAGUACUUGCCAAGGUCCAAAUGGUACCCGCUUUGCUGCCAGCAUGAACAACAUAUCAUUCGUGCUCCCAUCCAACUUCUCCUUGCUGCAAGCGCAUCACCAAGGUAUACCUGGAGUUUUCACCACUGAUUUUCCCGCAGCUCCGCCAGUGAAAUUUGAUUACACUGGUAAUGUGAGCCAAUCUCUUUGGCAACCUGUUCCGGCGACAAAGGUGUACAAGUUGAAAUAUGGUGCGAAAGUGCAGGUGGUUUUACAGGGUACAAGUAUCUUCACGGCUGAGAACCACCCAAUUCAUCUUCAUGGAUAUGACUUCUACAUUGUUGCUGAGGGAUUUGGAAACUUCAAUCCUCAGACUGAUACAGCGAAAUUCAACCUUGUUGAUCCACCAAUGAGGAAUACAGCUAGCGUACCUGUUGGCGGAUGGGCAGUCAUUAGAUUUGUUGCUGAUAAUCCAGGUACUUGGCUGUUGCAUUGUCACUUGGAUGUUCACAUCACCUGGGGAUUGGCUAUGAGUUUCCUUGUAGAAGAUGGAGUUGGGAUAUUGCAGACACUAGAGGCUCCUCCAGCAGAUCUACCUGUGUGUUAGAAACUUAGAACCAUCAGUAGAAUGCGCCAAAAAAAGGUAUUGAUCGGUACAAGUGGUGCCCAGAAUCAGAUUUAAAACUGCCCAACGACAUGGAUCAUUAGUUUUUUAUUGUUAGCAUACAAAAUUUCAGGUGUUCUUUAACUCCACAUUGGGGACUGUUUUCUUGUUCUUUUCCUUUAUUAUUUUUCAUCAAUAUACGGGGUCAAGAAGAGAUGGUGCCAUGGUAUGACAAGUAGCACUAUCUGUUUUAGAAUGUGUGUUUCUUUGUAAUAGCUGUACUGAGCCAAUGAAAAAAGGCAAUUCUAUAUUUCGAGUGAA